UUUGCGAGGCUCGGGCGCCAUGGCCGAGGCGGGCGCUGCGGCCAGGCUGAAGGACGAGCUGACCUGCCCCAUCUGCCUGGACAUUUACAGCAACCCAGUGUCCCUGGGGUGCGGUCACAGCUUCUGCGAGGUGUGCAUCCGGGAGGAACAGAAAUGCCAGCAGAGCCCUUCCAAGUGCCCACUCUGCCUUACCCCCAUAGGCCAAGCCGAGAAGCUGAAGCCCAACUUCCAUCUCCGCAACAUAGCGCAGAAGUUUUUGGAUGCUUCUGCUCAUCAAGGGGAGGAAGAGCAGGAAGUGCAAUGCAAAGAGAAGGAGGAAAGUUCGAGGCGGCAAGAGGAGGUGAUCCUGUGCGAUUUCUGCCUUCAGGAGCCCCAGCCAGCCGUGAAGACUUGCCUGACCUGCGAAGCCUCCCUGUGCCAAGCCCACCUGAGCAAGCACAGCUCAAACAGCCAGAGAAACCACGCCCUGGUGGAGCCCUGUGGUGCCCAGGCUUUGGCUGAGAGGAAAUGCCGCCAGCACGGCAAAUUGCUGGAAUGCUUCUGCGCGCAGGACAAGGUCUGCAUCUGCAUGCUGUGCUCUGUCCUCAGCUCCCACAAGGACCACGAGAUCAUCAGUUUGGAGGAGGCUUUUGGCCGUGCUCAGAGUGUUUUUCCUGAAACUCUGAGAGAAGUGAAAAAGUAUGAAGCUGAGCUGGAUCAAAGCAUAGCAAACCUGCUGAAACAAGAGAAGGAAGUAGAGGUUAAGCAGAGUCUGCAGAGGGAACAGCUGAAGAGCCUAUUCAGAGAGAUCAGUCUGCAGCUUGAGGAAAAAAAAAGUGAGAUCCUGAAAACUCUCAGUGACCAUGAGAAGCAACAACUUUCUCAGAUUCAGACGGAGAUAAAGAACCAUGAAAAGCAGAAGCAUUCAGCCAGCCAUGAUGUUCAGGAGCUGGAGGCUCUGAGAAAUCAGAAAGAUGUACUUCUUUUCACCAAGGCUUUUACAGCAAUUCACACCAGGGAACGCAAGCCAGUUGCUGUCAUGGAUGGUGUGGAACUGACAAACUCACCUAUUGCUGUGGAUGAAUCAACAACACGCAAUACUCUACACCUUUUCCAGGAAUUCCUUUCAAACAUGGAGUCCUCAUUUAAACCAUCACCACUUGGGGUGCUGUUUUCAACUCCUCACAGCAGUACAGGUCAACCAGGUUACCCACAUCCAGGUUACUCUCCUUUUUCCUUUGGCACUCCUCCUCCCAGCUCUACUUCAAGUAUGAGCUUUGUCCUGCAUCCGAUGCAGAAGCAAAACCCCCUGUGCCAUAUGUGGUAUGGAUUAUUUUCGUUCUCGCAGUCUGGCUUGGGCCUCAUCUCUGCAGCCAUGGAAAAAGCUAGUGAAGAAUUUGAAGGAGGUGCCAGCCUGGAGGCCGAACUCGUUUGUUCCAUCUGCCUGUGCCUCUACAAGGACCCAGUGUUGCUGAGCUGCCGUCACAGCUUCUGCCAGCAGUGCAUCCUGAAGGUGCUCACAGCCCAGCAACAAACCCUGGCUCCUCUGACCUGCCCCGUGUGCAGGUUCUACCUGGGGCCCAACCUGGAGCUGCAGAAAAAUUUCCACCUGUGCAACAUCGUGAAGGCAUUUCAGGCCAAGACUUCCAAAGAAAAACGCGGCAAGGGCUCUGAAGAAAUGGGGACAGAGGUGUUCCCCUGUGAGUACUGCCUGGAUGAGACCCAGCCAGCGGUGAAAACCUGCCUGAUCUGCGAUGCGUCCUUGUGCAAGUCCCAUCUGAACAAACACAACUCCAAGGCUUCCUACCGGGACCACAUCCUGGUGCAAGUGGGAGCAGGCAGUGUGGUGGAGGAGAGGAGGUGCCUGCAGCAUGGCAGGAUGCUGGAAUACUACUGCUGCUGGGAGGGGCAGUACAUCUGCAUGCUCUGCUUCACCAGGGGGGCCCACAUGAACCACAGGGUCAUCACCCUGAAGGAGGGACAUGACCAGCAGCUGACUAAACUCUUGAACACAGUGACACGGCUGCAGCAAAAUGAAAGUGCCUUAGUUACCGCCCUGGAAGAUCUUGAGAAAAGCGAGAAUCAGCUCAAGACCAAUACAAAGACAGUGACUUCUCAGAUACAAAAGCUGUUUGACGAGUUAAAGACAGAGUUGGUUAAGAAAGAGAAGAAGAUCCUGAGUGACAUUCAAUCUAAUGAGAGAAAGCAACUGGCAGACAUUAACAAAGUGAAGAAGGAAAUGGAAGAGAGGAGAAAGGAGGUUAAGCAGAAUCUUCAGCUUUUGCAGAAGAUGAGAGAGCGACAAGAUAUUUUCCUCUUCUUCAAGGUAAGCAGUGAUAUUCAGUUUUUCUUCAUGGAUAUGCCUAUUUCUCAGGCAGCUUCCCUUUCUGAUAAUCACACUAACAAAUUUUUUCGUUUUCUUUUUUUUUUUUUUUAA